AUGGAGACUAGCGCAAGCACAGACCAUAAAUGGUGCCCAUUGUUGAAAGGGCUGCGAAACGAAUACUACCAGAAAGACUCCUACUCCGAGUACAACUGCAACGAGCCGCUGUUGGAAACCGCGAAGCUGAGUGCCACAUCCCAGCUCAGGGAACGAGGGCCGGAAAAUGCCCGUCUAAACGCCCGCUCGGCAUGGACCCCGGUCGAGAACACCUACUUCCACUUUCUGACCGUGGACCUGGGCGAGCGGAAGAUGAUCCGGAAGAUAGCGACGGCCGGCCGGACCACCACCAACGAGUGCGUCACCGAGUACAUCGUGCAGUACUCGGACGACGGCGAGGUGUGGAAGUCGUUCACCGACAGCGACGGGGAGGAACAGCUCUUCAAAGGCAACAAAGACGGUGACUCCACCCGCCACAACUCGUUCGAAGUGCCAAUCAUUGCCCAGUGGAUCCGAAUCAACCCGACUCGCUGGCAGAACCGUAUCUCGCUUCGAGUCGAACUGUACGGAUGCCACUAUGAAUCGGAAAACGUCUACCUCAACGGAUCGGGUCUCAUCCGGUACGACCUGCUGCGGGAACCGAUUUCCGCGACGCGGGAAACCAUCCGGUUCCGGUUUAAAACUGCCCAAGCCAACGGUAUUCUGCUGUACUCGCGGGGCACUCAGGGAGACUAUCUGGCGCUGCAGAUCAAGGACAACCGAAUGGUUCUGAACAUGGAUCUGGGAUCGAGGAUCAUGACUUCGCUCUCGGUGGGAAGCUUGCUGGACGAUAACAUUUGGCACGAUGUGGUCAUAUCGCGAAACCGGCGGGACAUCAUGUUCAGUGUGGAUCGAGUGAUCGUCGAGAAGAAGAUCAAGGGAGAGUUUGACAAGCUAAAUUUGAACAGGGCGUUCUACAUCGGAGGUGUUCCCAACAUGCAGGACGGUUUGAUUGUGCAACAGAACUUCACCGGUUGUAUCGAGAAUCUCUAUCUCAACGCAACUAACUUUAUUCGGGAUAUGAAGGAAGCAUUUUACGAAGGCGAACAUUUGCGCUACAUGAAAGUAAACGUCAACUACAAUUGUCCGGAACCGCCAAUCAGUCCGGUCACCUUCCUGACGCGAGGAUCUCACGCACGUUUGAAGGGUUACUACAGCGUCAAGCAACUCAACGUGAGCUUCUCGUUCCGAACGUACGAGGAGAAGGGUUUGAUGUUGCACCAUGAUUUCCUGCGGGGAUCGGUCAAGGUGUACCUCGAGGAUGGCAAGGUGAAGGUUGGGCUGAAGACCGAGAAUGAGGAGAGCGCACCGGAAACCAUUCUGGACAACUACGACGAGCAGUUCAACGACGGAAAUUGGCACUCGCUGAUGUUGGCCAUCAAGAAGAACAGUUUGGUGCUGAGCGUGGAUGAACGACCGAUGGAAACGACCAAACAACUGAACAUCAACACCGGUGAGUUGUACUACAUCGGCGGCGGUAAAACCAAGGACGGCUUUGUCGGAUGCAUGAGAACAAUCAUCAUCGACGGCAACAUCCGACCACCGUCGGACUGGAAAGAGGAAGAAUACUGCUGUAAGGGUGAAAUGCUGUUCGACGCCUGCCACAUGAUCGACCGUUGCAAUCCCAAUCCGUGCAAGCACAACGGAGUAUGCAAACAGAACUCGUUGGAGUUCACGUGUGAUUGUGCUGGAACCGGGUAUGCCGGAGCUGUUUGUCAUACGUCGUUGAAUCCACUGUCCUGUCAGGCGUACAAGAAUGUAAACGUGGUGCAAUCGCGAACUACGAUCAAUAUUGAUGUGGACGGAAGCGGUCCGCUGGCACCGUUCCCGGUAACUUGCGAAUUCUACUCGGACGGUAGGGUGAUUACGGUGUUGAGUCACAGUUCGGAGCAUACGACGAGGGUGGACGGUUUUGCGGAACCGGGGUCGUUUGAGCAGAAUAUCAUCUACGAAGCGGAUUUGCCGCAGAUUGAGGCCUUGCUGAACCGGUCGCAGUCCUGUUGGCAGCGGUUGAACUACGCUUGCCGGUCGUCCAGGUUGUUCAACUCGCCGUCGGAGGUGGAGAACUUCCGUCCGUAUUCUUGGUGGGUUUCGCGGCAUAACCAGCCUAUGGAUUACUGGGCGGGUGCCUUGCCUGGAUCGCGGAAGUGUGAGUGCGGCAUUUUGGGUACUUGCGUGGAUCCGACGAAGUGGUGUAACUGCGAUGCGAACAGCCUGGAAUGGCAGGAGGAUGGUGGAGAGAUUCGGGAGAAGGAAUAUCUACCGGUGAAGGCUUUGAGGUUUGGUGACACGGGAACUCCGGUUGAUGAGAAGCUUGGUCGGUACACGUUGGGUCCGCUGAAGUGUGAGGGUGAUGAUCUGUUCAACAACGUGGUGACGUUCCGUAUUAAGGACGCUACGAUUAAUCUACCGCCGUUUGACAUGGGCCAUUCCGGAGACAUCUACUUCGAAUUUAAGACUACGAUCGAGGAUGCGGUGAUUUUGAAUGCUCGUGGACCUACGGACUUCAUUCGUUUGAACAUUGUUGGUGGAACGAAGUUGUUGUUCGAGUACCAAGCUGGUACUGGAACACAGAAGGUAUACGUGGAGACCAGCUAUUGGUUGAGCGAUGAUCGUUGGCACUCGGUGAGUGUUGAACGUAACCGUAAGGAAGCUCGAUUGGUGGUUGAUGGAUCUAUCCGGGCGGAAGUGAGGGAGCCUCCGGGUCCGGUUCGGGCGUUGUAUUUGACUUCAGAGUUGGUGGUUGGAGCUAGUAUUGAUUACCGGGAUGGAUUCGUUGGCUGUAUUCGUGCGUUCCUGCUGAAUGGAAACCAUGUGGAUCUGAGAGGGUAUGCGGAGCGCAGACUGUACGGUGUCUCUCCUGGAUGCGUUGGACGAUGUGAAUCUAGCCCAUGCUUGAACAACGGUACCUGUACGGAGCGGUACGAUAACUUCAUAUGCGAUUGCCGUUGGAGUGCAUUCAAGGGACCGAUUUGUGCUGACGAAAUCGGAGUCAACAUGAAGGCCAGCUCGAUGAUCAAGUACGACUUCCAGGGAGCUUUCCGUUCAACGUUGCACGAGCGGAUCCGCGUCGGAUUCACGACGACCAAUCCCAAAGGUUUCCUGCUUGGGUUCUUCUCCAGUCAAUCGAAGGAAUAUCUCACGAUAAUGGUAUCCAAUUCGGGUCAUCUGCGAGUGGUGUUCGAUUUUGGCUUUGAACGGCAGGAGUUGAUCUACCCGACGAAGAACUUCGGACUGGGUCAGUACCAUGACGUACGGUUUUCGAGAAAGAAUGGCGGUGCAACGGCAGUGCUAGAGAUUGAUGAUUACGAACCGCAGGAGUACCACUUCGAUAUCAAGGAUUCGGCCGAUUCGCAGUUUAACAAUAUCGAGUACAUGUACAUCGGAAAGAACGAAACGAUGAAAGACGGUUUCAUCGGAUGCAUUUCGAGGGUAGAGUUUGACGAUAUCUAUCCGCUGAAGUUCCUGUUCCAGGAGAACCCGCCACCGAAUGUGAAAUCGCUAGGAACUCCUUUGACGGAAGAUUUCUGCGGAGUUGAACCAGUUACCCAUCCUCCAAUCGAAAUUGAGACCCGUCCUCCACCAGAGGUCGAUGAAGAUAGGCUGCGAGAUGCCUACGGUCCAGAUACUGCUAUCCUGGGAGGUGUCCUAGCAGUGCUGUUCUUGCUGCUCAUCAUAAUGGCCAUCUUGAUCAGUCGGUACAUGAACCGCCACAAAGGCGAAUAUCUGACGCAAGAAGACAAGGGAGCCGAUGCGGCUCUGGAUCCAGACGAUGCGGUGGUGCAAUCGACGACAGGCCAUCAAGUGACCAAACGAAAAGAGUGGUUUAUUUAAUGAUCUACAACAUCAUUAUAGCAAAUAUUGGCCUGUGUUCCAAAAAUGUCUACAGCCGGCAGACAGAGCAAACAACAAAUUAGCAGCUGUAAAUAAUGUGUUCAACACGCAUACAUCUACGAAAAUCUUCCGUUUAGAAGUUGAUAGUUUUCGUCCGUAUCGUUAGCUUAUUUGGUUAAUCCAUCAUCUACUCACACUGGAACUUGAUCAUCGAUUUCUGUAGGUGGAAGACCAAGAAUUCAAAAGCAUAACAUUGGUCGUUUUUCUUCUAACUGGUAGAUCAAUAGGCUCCGUAAUGCCCUCUGAUGCUUGAGCUUGCUUAGCUAGCGAAUGAUAAAGGAAAAACUCUUCAAGACACCACUUAUUAAUUUCUUGACCAUCCAUUUACCGAGAUCGAUUUGUCGUAUUUCAGGUGUGAUAGCCAUUUACAAGAGUAUGAACAUCACUUUUAAUUUGCAAUUGUCUGAACUAAGUCAGACUUUGAGAAACAAAACCAAUGUGGAACACAAAAUAAUAAGAAGCAAACCCCGAAACGGAAGCAGCAUUUCGAUUAGUUCUAUAGGAUUGUUUUUGAUUUCUAUUUCGUAAGGCGAUAGAUUUUUUAUUACUAUUGAUUUUAGCCGUCCAUUAUCGUACUUUAUUUUUUUUUUUAGUUUGUCGAAAACCGAUUACCCUCUAACAAUCGAAUGAUAAUCUAUGAGUUGUAGUUCUUAAGGCUGUAAUUAAGUUCGAGAAAAAAAAUCUAAUUUUUAGAAAGCUGACCGGAGCAUGUUGAAAAUUUCUUCAGUAGGUUUAGUGAAAGAAGAGGUAGCUGUGGUAAGAAUCUCACAAAUUUCUCUAACAAAUUUCCCUACGCCACAAGCGUAGACCAGCAGAAUACAAACAAAAAUUACAUCAGGUUUGUAGAGCAUUUCGGGAGGCCAUUCUCCCUUUCAUGCGCAGAAACAAAUUUACCUAAGGAAAACUAACUAAGGGCAACCGUAGACCGCAAGUUUUGCAGAGUGCGGCUUUUCAGUCGAUUUUACAGCUGAAGCCAUGUCUGAUGUGUAAAUAGUUUUUCAAAAUACAUUGAAACAAAUUAGAAAA